UCUGGGUUGCUCGCCGCAGACGCCAUUGCCUUAGCACUUUGGUUCCCAGGGGCUUGAGUUAACUAAAUGCCGGAAGCCUAGGCUUGUAGCCGCAUUCUGGGUGGUCUUCUCCUCCGGGAAGCAGCGACCUCUCAGCACUCGUCCUUCAGCGUGCAGCAGCCAAGGGCAGCGGUUUGUCAUUUCCACGGAAGAUCCCGCGGUCCCGAGUCCAGCCGAUUUCCGUGGUCCCCUGGCCAAGGCCGGACCGGCGUGGGGAGGUUGAGCUGAGGCCUGAAAGGCGCUCCGUCCACCUCAUCCUGCCCACGAAAAGUCCAACUAUGGCGUUCGGGAAGAAACAUACACAGGUGUCUCUGACCUUUGAAGAUGUAGCUGUGGCUUUCACCCAGGAGGAGUGGGGACAGCUGGAUCCUGCUCAAAAGAGUCUAUACUGGGAGGUAAUGAUGGAAAUCUCUGGGGUAUCCUGUUCAAAAAGUGGAGCUAUUAUGCCAGCCGGAGCAAGUGCAGGAAUCAUGGACAGUGGCAAAGUCCCUCUCUGAAAGCACCUGCUUAGGUGUCAGUGGAAAAACCAAAGCCAUAGGACCUACUGCUUGUAAGCCAAAACUGCCUGAGGGAACCUUAUUCUGGGGAGAGGUAACACCAAGAACCCCAGGAGACAUGAAGUGGAUGCAAAGCAAAGACCGUGAUGGUCCAUCAGAAGUUCAGAAAAGACUCUUCAGACAAGAGAUGGAUGCCUGGGGGGAGAAGCUCCCUGGGAAAAUGAGUCCUGUACAGGAUGCUGGAGGGACAGCUGAAGAAGUGUAUCCAGUGCUCAUACAUGAGAAAGAGGGAAGUAUCUUCAAAUGCAGUGAAUGUGGGAAGGUAUUUAAUAAGAAACACCUCCUUGCUGGACAUGAGAAGAUCCACUCUGGAGUGAAGCCCUAUGAGUGUACAGAAUGUGGGAAGACCUUCAUAAAGAGUACUCAUCUCCUUCAGCACCAGAUGAUCCACACAAGAGAAAGACCCUAUGAAUGCCUGGAAUGUGGGAAGGCCUUCAACCGCAGGUCAUACCUCACCCAGCACCAGCGAAUCCAAAGCGGGGAGAGGCCAUAUCAGUGCAGUGAAUGUGGGAAGUCCUUCACCCACCGCUCCAAUUUUGUCUUGCAUAGAAGGAGACAUACUGGAGAGAAAUCUUUUGUGUGUACAGAAUGUGGACAGGUCUUUCGACAUAGGGGAGGCUUCCUUAGACACUACAUCGUUCAUGGUGGAGAGAACCCAUAUGAGUGCUUUGAGUGUGGACAGGUCUUUAAGCACAGGUCAUACCUCCUGUGGCACCAGCAGACACACACAGGAAAGAGGCCCUAUGAGUGCAGUGAGUGUGGGAAAGUCUUCCUUGAGAGUGCAGCCCUGAUCCACCACUAUGUGAUCCACACUUGGGAGAAGCCCUUUGAGUGCCUUGACUAUGGCAAAGCCUUCACCCACUGCUCUACGUUCAUCCUGCAUAAAAGGUCCCACACUGGAGAGAAACCCUUUGAGUGCAAAGAGUGUGGCAAAGCCUUUACCAACCGGAAAGACCUCGUUUGUCAUUUCAGCAUCCACAAUGGAGAGAAGCCCUAUGAGUGCAUAGAGUGUGGGAAGGCCUUUGCUCGCAUGUCAGGUCUUACGAGGCACAAACGAAUUCAUAGUAGGGAAAAGCCUUUUGAAUGUAUUGAGUCUGGGAAGUCCUUCUGCUGGAGCACAAACCUCAUAUGCCAUGCCGUCAUCCACAAUGGGGAGAAGCCAUAUAAGUGCAGUGAGUGUGGGAAGGCCUUCAGCCGUAGCUCAUGCCUCACUCAGCAUCAAAAGAUGCACAGUGGCAGAAAUACUACCUGUGUGUCAAAUGAGGAAAGACCUUUUACAGCCACGCACACCUCAGUGACCUUCUGAGGACUCCUCCUAAGAAAAGACUUCUUGAAUGUAACCACUGAGGGAAAUCUUUUGUCACAGGAAACAUCUUCCUCAGCAUCUGAUUGUUUAUACCAAAGAGAAACUCCACAAGUGUCUUGACUAUUUAAAAAACAAACAAACAAACAAACAAAAAAGUUCCUGUUGCAGAAUAUUUUCUGUCAUCUGAAGAGCAACAUCAGCAGAUGCAGUUUAUAGCCUUAUUUCCCAUCUGGAAAUUCACCCAGGAAAGAGACUCUUGCUUGGAUUUUGUUUUGUUUGUACAUAGGAAAAGCUUCAGCCACAUUUCCCUCCUAGUUAACAUUGCAGUGUUAUCUCAGGGAUUGUUUUACAAAGAAGCAGAUGCAGAGAAAAUAAAAACAGGUCUCUUCAGACUUUCCUGCCAAACUUGUGGCAUUUGAUAGCCAUUCCUCAGUUUAUUUGGCAUGAGGUGGGUGUUUCAGAGGUACAAGGCCUUGGCCCUUUUUUACUUGUUACUGUUCAGUUAUUAGGGUAGUUAGCUAGAACAAGUCUGUAAGUGUGUAUUGCAUAUUGUGUCCUAAGCUAUAUAUAUAUAUAUAUACAUAUAUAUAUAUAUGUAUAUAUAUAUAUAUAUAUAUUUUAAAGAUUUAUUUAUUUAUACAGUGUUCAUCCUGCAUGUGUGCCUACAUUCCAGAAGUGGGCAUCAGAUCUCACUAUAGAUGGUUGUAAGCCACCAUGCAGUUGCUGGGACUUGAACUCAGGACGUUUGGAAGAACAGCCAGCCCUCUUAAUCUCUGAGCCAUUUCUCUUCCCUUCUCUUUGCUUUUCUUUUCUUCUUUCUUUCUUUUUUCUUUCUUUCUGCUCUCUCUCUUUCUUUCCUUCUUUUCCUUCUCCUUUUUUUUUUUUUUUCCAAGAUAGGGUUUCCCUGUGUAGCCUUGGCUGUCCUAGACCCAUUUUGUAGACCAGGCUGUCCUUGAACUCAUAGAGAUCCACCUACCUCUGCCUCCUUGAGUGCUUGGAUUACAGGCGUGCAUCACCACACCCUGCUGAUAGUCUUUAUUCUUGAGACCAGUAGCUUUUAUGAGGAAUGGGGCACUUGAGCCAUGAAAAUACUUCAUAUUUAAGGCAGUAAGGUUCCAUAUUUUACAUAAGUAUAUUUGUACUCUUGCAAAUUCCAACAGCGUUUUCGUGUUUUCCUUUACCUUUACCAAGAUGUUUCUACUCUGUGUAUGUGUAAGCAUGUAAGCUCUCUUAUUGAUGAGCUGUGUCUCCACCCCCUUAGUCACAUAAAUAUACAGCUUUCUCCAUAACAUACAGUUGAAAUAUUUGCCCUUUAUGGGGUGAAAAUCAUAAGCCUGUGUGUUCAGCUGACUCAAAUAUUUCUCAGGGUAAAAAAACGUAGUGAAGCCAGGUGGCACAGGCCUUUAAUGGGAGGCAAAAGCAGGCAAAUCUUUUAGUGUGAGGCUAGCCUGGUCUACAUAAAGUUCCAGGAAAGCCAGCACUACACAGAGAAACCCUAUCUCAAUAAUAAUAAUAAUAAUAAUAAUAAUAAUAAACUGCAGUGGGGAUGGGAAACUCUGGUGAGGUAGCUCAGUGGUCCAGAGAAUGACUUCUCUUGGAAGACCUGAAUUCAGUUGCCAGCAACCACGUCAAGCAGUUAACAGUCACCUGUAAUUCCAGCUUCAGGGUAUCUCACACCCUCUUCUGACUGCCACAGGCAUUUGCACACGUACACAGACGGAGAGGCAAUAUUUAAUUAAAAAAAAAAUCUGUAAGGACUAUUUUCCAAUACUUCAAAUAAAAGGCUUCAAAUAUAGCAGAGGAUAAUGAUGGUUCUGCCAAGUGUACUGAGAAGUCCUACAACAAACAUUUUUCUUUUCUUCUUUUGGAGAGGCUAGCUCAGUGCUCAGAGGACUUGUUGCUCUUCCUGAGUACUUUCUGGUCCCCAGCAUCUACAUGGUGGUCUCUGUGGGCACUAGGCAUGAGCAUGGUACACAUACACAUAUGCAGGCAAAACACUCAAACACACACACAAAUAUUUUUUAAAAGAAGCUAAAUAUAAGGCUGGAUGUGGUGAUACAAGCCUUUAAACCCUACAUUCAGGAAGCAGAGACAGGUGAAUAUUUGAGUUCCAGGCCAGCUGGGGCUACAUAAUGAGACCCAGUCUCCAAGAGAAAAUGAAGAGGAAAAAGAAGCCACGAAGUGUAGUUGUGUGUUGCCACAAUGCCAGCAUUCAGGAGGUGUCCAUGAGUUACAUGACAUGACCUUGGCUUCAUAGUGAAUUCCAGACCAACCUGAGGCACCAUCUCAAAAAAAAAAAAAAAAAAAGAAAAAUAAUACCCCAAGCUAUAAAAAUUAAAAAUGGAAAGCUACAUCCAUUGUGCCUUAAGCACAGUUUAACACGCUUAAGAUCUGUUAGCCGUGUGACAGUGGGGGCAUACCUGUAAUCCCAGCCCUGGGGAGGCAGAGGCAGGGGGAUGUCUGUGAGUUCAAGGCUUCGGAUAAGUGAAUACGAUGGGAGACAAGAAGUGUAUUAUUUGUUUAUUCUCGCUCAGUUGGUGGCUGUGGUUUUUCCCAGUGGCUAGGGUGUCCUACUUGGCUAGUCUAAAAAGAACAGGAAAUGGAGGAAGGGGAAACCGUCAGUGCCACACGCCAUCAAAUUCUUAAAGCAGUAAGCCUCUGUGCAAACAAAAUCUUUACUGGGUAGGGAGGAUGAAAACGCUUGGAUUGGCAGGGUGUGCUGGAGCACAGGCCUCCCUACCACAGUUCAGUAAACCAACCAAUGGGAAUCGAUGAGUGAACCACAAAAACGUGUUCCUAAGGAAGUCCCCUAUCCCUAAAUCCUCAUUGAUGGGAAAACGUAACUGUAACUUGGCACAAAUGUUUAUGGAUUCCAGGCUUAAAAACUCCGUGAUAUUCUAGCUCAGGGUCACAGUUAAGCUGAGUCUGUUCUGGGCCCUAUCGGAUCAGUAACAGCCUGAAUACAAUGAAUUUUUGUCAUCUAUUUAUGAACUCUCGAAGAUGAAGUCAGCUUCCAAGUCUGUGGUGGUGUUCCUGACUAGUCAGUUUGAGCUGCCUAAUUCAAAUAAAGAUCUUGCUUUGCUGGGC